UUUCGGAACGCUUCGAUUCAAUCAUAUGGUUAUCCCUUGAAACAUGUUUUGUGCCGAAAACGUGACAUGUUGAAUUGUUAUUGUCGAGAACACGUGAAUAUUUGAUUGUGUAAAACAAUUCUAAAAAACAAUGAGUGCAUGUGCAAUAAAAGGUUGCACUAAUUCAUUCAGAAAAACUAAAAUUAAAGGCCUCAUGGUUAAAUACUUUACAUUUCCAAAAGAUACGGAAUUUGCUGAGGAGUGGCGUAAAUUAUGCAGAGAUGGAAUAAAUAUAACGAAUGCGAGAAUAUGUUCAGAACAUUUUGAACCCUGGUGCUAUGACAAGCCAGCACAACAGGUUGUCUUAAACUAUUCACCUUUAAGAGGACGAAAAUUACGAGCGGACGCAAUUCCCACACUUUAUUUGGAAAUGGAAAAGUCUAUAGAGUUACAAGAACUAGUACAAUUUGACACAAAAAAGAUAACUCCCGAAACAAUACAGGAGAGUAUUAGUGAUAUCCAAUCAACAAGGUUGGUUACUACUCAACCCUGCCAACCAGUAAAUUCACAAAUGAUACUGGAAGAUAAUACUCAUGUGGUAUUAUAUAAAGCUUCUCGUAUAAAAAUGAAGAACAUUGAUUCUACACAAGAACUGAAGUCAAUUCCAAAUAUGAUAUCUGAGAGUAUUGCCGAAGAAGUAAUAUCAACUUCUCCCAUCGAUUACGCUAUGAUAAUAAAAAAUCUACAAAUGAAAAUUGUUAAUAUGAAGAAAGCAUUUGUGCAAUUCAAUAAGUUGAGAAAAAAAAGAGAAAAACAAAAUAUGGAGCAGCAUACACGGAAUGUCCUCACUCAAGUUUUUACACCUGGACAGAUUGAAGUUUUGAUGAAUCCAAUCAAGAACCGCGUGAUUUGGUCAUCAGAAGAUAUUACAAACGCAUUAUCGUUACAUCGCGUAAGUCCAAAAGCAUACCGGUACUUGCGUGAUGUGCUGAAAUUUCCGCUCCCUAGUAUAUCAACACUCCGCAGAUGCACCGCAACUAUUAAAACGGCUGAGAAAUCAUUUCCUUGAAAGAAUUGAGCAGAGAGGGACGGUUAAUUCACAAGAAAAGAAACUUCUCUUUAACAUCGAUUAAUGUUAAGAAUGUUAGAGUGGCAUUCGCAAUAUUACUUGAACAUACAGGGAUUCGAGCCAUGAAGAGUUCUCCCCGUUCGCAGUUACUGUCCGAUAAAACAUCUGCUGCACUGGAAUGGUAUGAUAAAAAAAAAAUUUAAUAACGAGUAACAUCCGAUUGUCCAUGUUAUUAAAGUCGUUAAUUUAAAUAUAUUAAUCUAAAUACAUUUGGCUGGUCCAAGACAAAAAUUGCGCUGUAAGUGGCUAUGGUCAAUUGUAAUAUAAUGAAAUAGGCUCCAUGUGACAUAGGCUCUGAAAAGAUUGUCCAAAUUCAUGAAUAAAAAACUUGAUUAGUAUUAUAUUUAUACACUUGAUUAGUAUUUAUACACAAUUUUACUCCUCCAUGUUUUCUUAAUCUUAUAUAACUGUCAUCUUCCUUUCACAACCCAUAACCCAGUGAACUAUAAUCUAUACUGGAAGGCUAACUGCCGUGCUCGAGGCCGAGCCUGAACCAGACACAUAGAAAGAAAAAGAGUUGUUAAAGUACAUCUCUUUUUGUCUAGCUGAUUUGUGGUUAGUUAAAAGUAUCUUUCCGUCUUUUUAUAUCUUUCAGUAGAAAGAGACAGGAAUGUACGUUUUCAUAAUUUUUAUCGUAUGUCUCCUUUUCAAUUUGAUGAAUUAUUAACAAUGAUAGAACCUAUUAUUACAAAAGUACACUUGACAAAAGAACCAUUGCAUCCAGGAUUACGAUUAUUAUUGCACGUUGCAAUACCUUACAUCUGAGGAUAGUAUGGCAAGUUACAUUAUCUUUAAUACGUAGAUAAAUCUACUACAUCAAAAAUAAUUGCGGAAACAACGAAAGCACUUUGGCAAACACUACAACCUCAAGUACUUCUUCCAUCAACUAUACAAACACGGACUGAAAUCAUAAUCUUUGAAAUAAAUGGCAUUUUCAAAAUUGCGUCAGCGCAAUUUACGAAAGAUACAUUACGGCAAAGUAUUUUAAAAAUACAGGAUUAGCCUUCUAUAAUUAUAAAGGCACAUGCAGCAUUGUUUUAACCUUUUAAACACAUAAGUGGGUUGGAGAGACCUCAUAUACAUAUAUCAUGUUUCGAACGUUUACUGUGUAAAGACGGAAUAAAAUAGGAGGUUUGGACUAGGAGGUAAAAAAAUUUGAAAUUCCUUUACGAUUGAUAUGAUUGAUCAACUUUAUUGGUCAACUAGAAUUCGAACGGCAUGGUAGCAAAGUUUUAGAGUCUGUGGGAUUACCAUUGUGUGUGAAUGAAACUUUUUUUGUGAGUAAUCUAAUGUAAAAAAACUGGACAAAACGCGUUCGAACAGGUUCAUUCGCGUUUGUUACUCAGUCUAUAGUUAAAAUACUAUAUUGCCAUAGAAAAUAGGACGUCUGCAUAGGAUCCGAAAUAUAUCAUAAAACAUUGUUUUUCAAUUUUUGACA